AUGGGACCCGCAGCAAGAAAGGAACAGUCCCUGACCAAACCAGCAUUUUUGCCCCUCUGGGCCUAUGACCCCCCUCAUCCCAUGAACAGGGACACCAGCCCUGUGGCUGAUUUGUACAACUGGAAGACCCACAACCCAUCCUUCUCUGAGAACCCUCAGAGCCUGACUAACCUCAUUGAAUCCCUCCUCUUUUCCCAUCAGCCCACCUGUGAUGAUUGUCAGCAAUUGUUACAGGUUCUGUUCACCACUAAGGAGAAACAGCAUAUCCUCCUCGAGGCCAGGAAGAAUGUCCCUGGGGCAGAUGGGCAACCCUCCCUUCUACCAGUAGAUAUUGAUUCGAGUUUUCCGCUGACCAGAUCAGACUGGGACUUCAAUACGCCUGAAGGUAGAGACACCUGAAAGUUUUGCCAUUCUCUGUUGGCAGGUCUCAGUGGGACGGUGAGAUACCCCACUAAUUUGACUAAGGUAAGAGAGGUGGUCCAGGGUCCAAGUGAGUCUCCCUCAGCUUUCUUUGAGAUGCUCAUGGAGGCUUUCCACCAGUUCACUCCUUAUGAUCCCAGCAGUGAAGAACAAAGGGCUACUGCUACGGUUGCUUUUAUCGACCAGUCAAGCCAAGACAACAGGAAGAAGUUGCAGAAGCUAGAUGGGUUGCAAGAUAAGUCUUUGAGAGAGUUAGUACAGGUGGCUGAGAAAGUAUUUCAUAACCAGGAGACAGAAGAAGAAAAAGAAGAUGGGGAGCAGAAAGAGCAGGAAGCUAGAGAAUUAAGAAGAGAAAAGAGACAGGAAAGGAAUCUUUAUAGAAUCUUGGCCACAGUAGUUAAAGAGAUGAGGGAACCUAGUAAGAUAGUACCUGGCAAACAAAGAGAACCCCUAGUCAAGGAUCAGUGCACUUACUGUAAAGAAAAGGGGCACUGAGCGAGAGAUUGCCCCAAAAAGAAGAAAAAGAGGCCCUAUGUGUCAGACAGAAAGCCAGAGGGGCCUAAAGUGCCGGUCAUUCAAGAGGACAGUGACAGUGAAUAGAGGGGACAGGGUUCAGAUCCCCUCCCCAAACCCAGGGUAACCCUUACUGUAGAGGGGAAGCCCACUCAGUUUCUGGUGGACAUAGGGGUACAGCAUUCGGUCCUCUUACAAUCAGAUGGGCCAAUUUCCAAAAAGAAGUCCUGGGAACAAUAUUCAUGGACUACCCAAAGAACAGUGGACCUAGGUGUGGGCCAGGUAUCCCCAUUCAUUGUCAUCCCAGAAUGCUCUUGCCCCUUGUUAGGUAGAGCUCUCAUUAAGAUGGGAGCACAAAUCCAUUUCUUCCCAGUAGGACGCCAGGUCAGGGGCCAACAAGGAGAACCCAUCCAGGUGCUGACUAUGAAAUUAGAAGAUGAGUACCAACUCUUUGAGAAUAAGGAUUGCAGGCCUGAAGAUAUAAAUUGGUGGUUACAGAACUUCCCACAGGCUUGGGCUGAGACAGCAGGAAUGGGGAAAGCUAAGAACCAGCCUCCGGUCCAUGUAGACCUAAAGGCCCAGGCCAGCCCAGCUACUGUUCGCCAGUAUCCUAUGUCCAAAGAAGCCCAAGAUGGGAUCCGGCCCCACAUCCUACGCCUCCUCCAACUGGCGAUCUUAUGGAGGAUCUGGUAUACUGUACUGGACCUCAAAAAUGCCUUCUUCUACCUAUCACUGACCCUUAAGAGUCAAGAGUACUUUGCCUUUGAAUGGAAAGACCCCGAGUCGGGUAUAACGGGCCAGCUCAUGUGGACCUGUUUGCCUCAGGGUGUCAAGAACUCCCCCACUAUUUUCGAUGAAGCUCUACACCAAGACCUUCUGAACAUCCAAUCCCCAGUUAACUCUUUUGCUGUAUGUAGACGAGCUUCUUCUGACUGCAUCCAGCAAAGAACUGUGUUUGGAAGGGACCAAAGUCUUCUCAUGGAACUGGGAGAGUUAGGCUACGGCGCCUCAGCCAAGAAAGUCCAAAAUGUCAGUUACCUGGGGAUCACGUUUGCACCUCCCAUGGGCCUAAAUCCAGCCACCCUUCUUCCAGACCCUGACCUAGAGCCUCCCAUCCAUGACUGUCAGCAAGUGCUCACUGAGGCACAUGGCUGGUGCAAAGACCUGUCUGACUGGCUCUUGGCUGACGCAGAAGAGACUUGGUUCACAGAUGGGAGCAGUUACCUAGAAGAGGGGAAGAGAAACAGAAUUGACCCCAGUAAGCGGUACCGAGGGGACCAGCCAGGAGUCUACUGGGAAAUAGACUUCACGGAGAUAAAACCAGAUCACAAUUUCCAAAAAUUCCAUUACUUCCUGUUGGAAGAACAAAGUACCAAGGCUUUAACAAAGGCAUCUCUGAUGUGUUCAAAACUUGAAACCAUGGUGGUAUACCUAGGUGGUACACCAAGGUGGUACACCUGGACAAGCAUGGAAGAUAAACUUGAAGUCAUGAAGGAAUAUUCAGGGAGAGUAACACUUGCGAAAGAUGUCAUCUACAAAGGAAUCAUGGUUCUCAAGAUACUCAGUGUCCAGCCAUCCUCUUAUAAAGGCCUGUAUCACUUUGGAUUCCAAUAUGACUCCUUCUAUAAUUACACAUUGAUUGAGCCAAAAGAGGUGUGCAGCAACAUGACUAGUUUACGAAGUGCUGGGGAUUGUGUCCAGGCCUUUGUGCCUACUAGUGAAACUCUCGACCAACUGAGCUUCAUCCCCAGCCCAAUCAAGUGA